AUGAUGAGACUUGUCUUUGAGAAUCCUUCCGUCUUCAACGAGCACAACAAAGAUGUCGCAAAGAUCCUCGAAGAGCAUGGCCAUUCUAUAGAACGCAUCAUGACGCUCAAGACAUUCCCACCAAUUUACGUAUUGCCCGAGAAUAUGCCUCAGGAGGGUCUUGAUAGCUUGAAAGCCAUCGAGGGUGUACGUUUGAUGGAGACAUGA